AUGCAUUUCAAGACCAUAUUAACGCCGGUCGCAUUGGCGGCUGUCGUCAUUGCUGAAGGUGUUGAGCCAUGCGCUCAAGUGAGCAAGCUGGUGGCGGAUGCCAAUCAAAAUAAAAUGAGUGCCAGUGUGCCUCAUGACUUGGCUCAUCGGUGUCUGCUGUCUAUGCCUUUUGAAUCAGAUCGUGCCGUUAGUUUCCUGAGUCAGGUCCGGAAGAUUCUCGAGUUUCAGUCAACGAUUGAUAUUCUCAAGGCACCCCCAUCGGGAUAUACUAUGCCCUCUACGGAUAUUCUCGGCGGAGUAGAUGCAAUCUUGGGAAAGGCCAAGAGCAACAGCUAUUCCAGUCAAUUUGAGAUGGACUUAGAGAUCAAUCAUCUUAUCAGGUCCGCACAUGAUGGCCAUCUGGCAUUUCAGCUUUGCUCGCAAUCAAUUUUCACCUAUGAGAUUGACAUGCCUUUAGUCUCAAUCUCAACAGAUGGACUUGCACUACCGCAUGUAUACGUUUUGGAUGACGCAAAACUACAAAAGAUUGACCCAGAGGCUGUCUCGCCCUUGGUCACUAUCAAUGGCACUGACGUGGCUGUAUAUCUGGAGUCAUAUGCCGAUGGUCAAAAUCUCCAGGAUCGCGAUGCACAGUAUAAUCGAGUAUUUCCCGCACCAGCUCGCACUGUCACCAAUACUCCCACCAACGUGAAUGGGAUUUGGGCCUCUAUUGGAGACUGGACCGAUGGCGCUGGGCUGUCUCUGAAGUUUGCCAAUGGCACCACAAAGAUGAUACAGAAAACUGCCACGCCAAGUGAGAGAUUCUUCUCGUACCAAAAUGGAACCCAUCUCUACAACAUAGAGUGCCUUCCUCGAGGCUUAUCGACCCCUUUGAGCACCUCUUCCGGCGCUGAACAAGCAUCCUCUGAAAUAGCGGGAUACCCAAGCACAGACUGGCGCACCUCGGCCAAUUCAAUCGCCGGCUUCUACUCCAAACUCUCAGACCUCCAGGACACAGCAGUCAUAUUCCUGCCCACGUUCUCAUCCAGCGCAUCAGAGGUAGCCAAGAUCGCAGUCGACUUCUUACAAAACGCCACCGAGGCUGGUAAGAAGAAUGUCUUAAUCGACGUAUCAGCCAACCCUGGCGGAUACAUGUCGAUUGGCAUCGACCUGUCUCGAAUCUUCUUCCCCAGCGCAUCCCCGUACACAGCGACGCGCUACCGCGCCCACGACGCAGCCAAGUAUCUGACCAAGGCGUACGCGCGAGACUCAAGCACGGACUCGAGUAAUGUCUUUGCGUACGACCAGAUGGUUCGCCCUGAUCAAAAAACUAAUUUCGCUUCGUGGGAGGAUCUCUAUGGCCCGCAUCAGGUCCUCAGUAGCCCGGCUUCUAGCCUGCUCGCUAACUUCAACUAUACUUCUACCUCGUCAACGGUCUUUCCUAUCAACGGCUAUGGGUCUGUUCCGCUGAAACCUAGCAGCUCUCUUUUCUCGGCGCAGAACAUCGCUAUUAUCACUGAUGGCGACUGCGUCUCAACCUGUGCCUUCUUCGUCAAGCUGAUGAAGCGCCAGGGCGUCCGCACAAUCACAUUCGGUGGCCGCCCCCAGAAUGCCCCCAUGCAAGCCGUUGGUGGCGUGAAGGGCGGCCAGUCGCUCGGCAUCAACUAUAUCAACGGAUACAUUGAGCAGGCCAAUGGGCUGAUCAGAGACUCGGUCAGCAGGGGAUCCCCGCUGCUGACGCCUGUCGAGUGGAAGGCAUUCAAUGAGUCCAGCCCAAGCACUGCGGCGUCACUGGCCUGGAGUGGGAGUUUGAAUCUGCGGAAUGAAUAUGACCCAGAGGAUGACCAGACGCCGCUGCAGUUCGUUUAUGAAGCGGCUGAGUGCCGGCUGUUCUAUACUUUGGAGAAUUAUUUGGAGCGUGAGACUGUUUGGCAGGCUGCGGCUAGGGUUAUGUUUGGAGGUGGGCAGUGUGUUGAGGGUUCAACUAACGGGAAGGGUAGUUUGGAUUCUUGA